UCGUCUCAGUAAUUCCGGAAACUGUGUCUUACCACGAGAAGUCGGACUGACAGCCGAGAGCCGAUUCCGCUACACAGUAGUGCUGUCUGGGCUCUUCAGUUCACCUGUCAUGUUCAGACCUGCUUCGGUCACAGGUGUAUCUGCACCUGCUGCGGGAGUUACGAGCGACGCACUAUAUUUGUCAGACUUGCGUGUUAUUUAGUUGGUUCGUUUGUAUUUUUUAUGUGCACAUUUUCCUUGUUUGGAGUGAAAUCACAUUUGAGCUUAAAGGCUCAAUAAGUAAAGGCUUCUUGUAGGUACAGCUGGAAACAACAUCUGUGUUUCUGGAAAGUAAGCGGGCAGUGCUCGUGCUACAGAAUGACCCGGCUUACAACCAGCGGCGCCCUUAUACAAGUGAGGAUGAGGCCUGGAAGUCAUUCCUGGAGAACCCCCUCACAGCCGCCACUAAGGCAAUGAUGAGCAUCAAUGGAGAUGAGGACAGUGCCGCAGCUCUGGGUUUUCUGUACGAAUACUACAAGGUGCCGCGGGAAAAGAGAACAAUGUCCCAGUCGAAGGCUGACGUCCUGGGCUCUGAUGUGGAUCCCAACAAAAGAAUCUUGAUGACCACUCUCCAAGAGCCAUCACCAGAGAACCGAAACCAGGUUCUGAAAGGAGUAAAUAUCGUUCUUCCAGGGAACCAGCACAUCCAGGACAAGAGAGGACUUUUCCCCUCACCCGAUACUACGGUGACAGUAUCCAUUGCGCCUGGGCCAAACUACCCAGUGAAGACUGAGGGUCCAUCACAUGGAUUCUCCGUCACAGUCCCCAAUCCACACUGCUCAGAAACAGACAGUCACACGGUGGUAUUCGACCCUCAGCUCCCCCACAACCAGUUCAGUCCGAACACACAGCCACGCACCCCAGACUCGACCUUCCCAGAGAGCUCAGAUGUGUUCGCAUUCCCAAGGGAUCUCCAGUUAGGUAUGGGUCCCAUCCAGCAAGAGGACUACGCCACUUUUGACACAGUGUCAGGUAAUAAUUUUGAAUACACUUUAGAAGCCUCCAAGUCUCUCAGACAGAAAUCUGGAGAUGGCACAAUGACAUACCUCAACAAGGGACAGUUCUAUCCCAUCACCCUCAGGGAAACCGACAAUGGCAAACUGCUGCAUGGCCCCAUCUGUAAAGUCAGGAGUGUUGUGAUGGUAGUGUUCGGAGAAGAGAAAUCCAGAGAUGACCAACUCAAGCACUGGAAAUACUGGCACUCAAGACAGCACACGGCCAAGCAGAGAUGCAUUGAUAUUGCGGACUACAAAGAAAGUUUCAACACCAUCAGCAAUAUUGAGGAGAUUUCAUAUAAUGCCAUUUCAUUCACAUGGGACAUCAGCGAGGAAGCAAAGAUCUUCAUCUCAGUGAACUGUCUGAGCACAGACUUCUCCUCUCAGAAGGGAGUGAAGGGCCUACCGCUCAACAUACAGAUUGACACCUACAGCUACAACAACCGCAGCAAUAAGCCUAUCCACCGCGCUUUCUGCCAGAUUAAGGUCUUCUGUGACAAGGGUGCAGAGCGCAAGAUCCGUGAUGAGGAGAGGAAACAGUCCCGUAGGAAGGGCAAAUGCCCUGACGUCAACCCUCCUUUGGGAAACUUUGGGCAAGAUGUAAAGGUCCCCCUUCUGCACAAGCGCAGUGACAUCACCAUCUUCAAGACAAUGACGGACUUCGAGACGCAGCCUGUUCUUUUCAUCCCCGACAUCCAUUUCUCCACCUUCCAGCGUCAUCCUUUCUCUCCGGAGAACUCCGAGGAGGGCUCAGCUAUGAAGAGAUUACCUUAUUCCGAUGAGGAGUUUGGAUCACCUCCCAAUAAGCUGGCAAGGAUGGAUGAGCCCAAAAGAGUUUUGCUGUAUGUGCGCAAGGAAGCAGAGGAAGUGUUUGAUGCUCUCAUGCUGAAAACUCCCACACUACAAGGCCUGGUGGAAGCGAUUUCAGAGAAGUAUGAUGUUCCUCUGGAGAAGAUGGGAAAGGUCUGCAAGAAAUGCAAAAAAGGGAUCUUGGUAAACAUGGACGACAACAUCAUCAAGCACUACUCCAACGAAGACACCUUCCAGAUCCAGAUGGAGGAAAUGGGAGGAAUGUUUAAGCUCACGCUGACAGAGAUUUGAAGAUCCUACAGACUGGUUUACACCAGGCUUCCUGCUCUAUUAGGACACAUCAGAUCUUUUAGUGUAGUCUAAUGAACAGUUUUGGGGUGACCUAAUACAGUAUAUGAGCCUUAAGUACUUUUUGAAUUGAGAGUGAAAUAAUAGAAUCUCUCUGAUGUGUUUCUGCCAAAUACCUUGAAGGUUUUGAGCCAUAUUUUCUAUUUUACCUGAGUAUAAGCAGAUAGCUGUCUUUUUUUAUCCCUUCUCAAUUAUUUUGUGACACUGAAAGAGAGGUCACAAUUACAAUUUACUAUUGGUUUUCCUCUUUAAAGUCAUAGCACUGGAGAUGCUAUUCUCAAAAAAGGUUAUUAUGAAAAUGAUGUAGUGAAAAUGAGUUUGGGAAAUGCGCAUUUCUUCACUGUAUUGAUAUUAAUAACCCUGAGCAGUAUUUAGUGAGUACAGUAUAUCAUCUCUUGCUCAGCAACUCUACGAGAUGCAGUGUCACAAGCAUUGUGUGUACAGUAUGUCUAACUUUUAUUCCCAAGAUAAAAUGUUCAACCAUGGACUUCCCCAAAGUCUGUCAUUCCUUAUGUGAACAAAUAAGGUCCAUACAACAGGCCCUCUGAUGAAUCCUUCAGAAGGCAUUUUCAAAAUGUGAUCCAUAGAGAAUCAGUAUAAACUUUCUUUAUUUGAACAAAAUAACACAACAGAUUUAUUAGCACAUUAUUUUGUAUUGUUAGCAAAGUAACUGUGAUUUUGCUGAAUUUGCAAUCAGUGCUAAUGUAAUUCAUAAUUACUAAAGUUACAAUAUCAGGAAGUGCAUGCAAGUAUCUUUGAAGACAAUCAUAUAAAUAGUGUUACAUUUUGUUUAUUUGGUUACACAGUAAACUAAUGUUAUUUGGAUUGUACUGACCUCAGUGCACAUGCUAAAACUAUAAUUCAUAUUUCACUUCUGAUUAUGCAUUCCCCUUUCUAAACAAAUGUUGUUUCUGAUUAAAUGUACAGCUUUUGAUUAUUUUUUCUAAAUGUAACUGAUACACUCUUCGUAUCAUUUCUUUUGUAAAUAUUUUUGACAUAAAGGGGGUGGGACUGUUUUUAUAA